AUGAUUUUUGCCGUAGAAAUUAUUUUCCUUGGAACGUUGGUCGUAAUCACUUACACCAAUGCACAAUACUCCAAUAAUAUGGAAGCAACCAACCAAAUAACUAACCGGACUUUCAAGGAAUAUAUUCAAAAAUUUAAACCCACAUACGUGUGGAGGAAAAUCGAGGAGAGCAAUAAAUUGAAUGGUCUCAACAAGACAUUUAGAGAUGAAUUUAAUAAAAUUCUAAAUUUAACUGACGAAACUGAUGAACUUUUGAAGUUAAAUGUACGUGAUGGUGAGCCUAAAGUACUUCUUGAGAGAGAUGGAAGAAGAUGGAAGCCACCAGGCGAUAUAACUUCAAAUAAAUACGAUCCAUUCAGCCUUAGACAUAGAUUAUUAGAGCUAAUGAAGCAAGCGAUUUACCAAGCUAGGAACAAAAUGGUCCUGAUGCAAAUAUUAAGAGCAAAAUAUAACAAAAUAUCUCUAUACAAAAUGGGAUUCUUGAUGAGCAAAACUGACACUGCUUGUAAGACAUUUGCUGGAUUCGCUUUUAAAUCCUACAAAGCAUGUUCGUUGGCAAAACAGGGUGCUGUAAAGAGCUAUGAAUUGAUCGAUCUUUUGGAGGCAAACGAAAGGUUGCUAGAUCUAUGGUUUGAUGUAGAUCUUCUAGUUGAUCUGAUUGUGAUAAAUCAUGAGAACUGCAAGAGGAUGUUGAACCAAGUCAUGACCAAUAGGAAGCAUGCUUGGAAAUUUGUUGAU